AUGGGUGCUGCCAGGGCCGCAAGCCUCAAAUGGACAGUACCCCCAGCUGCCCUCGCUGCAUACACUGCGGGUGAAUGGUCUCACCCUAGACAUUCGAAAGCUCGAUUUACUACUUCACGGACGUGGUGUACCAAUGAAGACUCCGGGAAGUCCAAUGCCUGUGUCGAUCAAGAUGGUAAGGACUACGGCUCCAUUUGGAAUAACAUCAUCCACAAGCUUGAUGGUGUGAAGCAAACGGUUGGCUCCGGCGAUUGGGUCGAUGUGGGUAGCCUUACAAACAUCAUCCCCGAUUGGACGCAAUUCCUUCCAGCUACUGUCCAGAAACUCCAACGAGAGCUCUCUCUGGCACCUGGAUCGCUAGCAGACGAUAUUUGGAAGGAGGCUCAGGACCCUGACAUCAACCCGGAAAUUCUUCGCGAUGCCGAGGUACGAGUGAGCGGUAAUCUCUGCGACGAAGAAAAAGAGUUUAGGCGACAGCGACAAAAGAAGGUCGCCAAGGCAUUGUCGUCUUAUCUCAACAUCCCAGAGGAGGAUAUUCAUCCUGACGAUGUGCCUGUCAUUGCGAUGUGUGGAUCAGGAGGUGGUCUACGCGCACUGGUUGCAGGCACUGGGUCUUAUCUAGCAGCCCAGGAAGCAGGGUUGUGGGAUUGCGUUACUUACACAGCUGGUGUCAGUGGCAGCUGCUGGCUCCAAACUCUCUACCAUUCAUCCAUUGCGCAGAGGAAUUUCGAUAAGCUUGUCGACCAUUUGAAGAGUCGACUCGGUGUGCAUAUUGCUUUCCCACCAGCAGCCCUUGAGCUACUCACUACCGCUCCAACAAACAAGUUUCUCCUCAGUGGAUUUGUGGAAAAACUGAAAGGCGACCCUGGAGCCGAUUUUGGCUUGGUAGAUAUUUAUGGAAUGCUGCUCGCUGCCCGACUCUUGGUCCCCCGAGGAGAACUUGGAGUUUCGGACGCGGAUUUCAAGCUGUCAAACCAACGAGCUAAUUUGGUCAAUGGGUCUCAUCCUCUCCCCAUCUAUACGGCAGUGCGACACGAGAUUCCCAUUCUCGAUGAAGCAAACGACAAGGCCAAGUCGCACCCAACGCCUGAGCAGUUGGUGAAAGAAUCACGCGAAGAAGCUUGGUUUCAGUGGUUUGAGUUCACUCCUUACGAAUUUUUCUGCGAGGAACUCAAUGCCGGCAUUCCCACCUGGGCACUCGGACGGCACUUCAACGCGGGCCGCUCUGAGGUGACAGCUGAUAACCUCCCCAUUCCGGAGGUCAGGAUUCCUAAUUUGAUGGGAGUCUGGGGCAGUGCCUUCUGUGCCACCUUAUCUCAUUAUUACAAAGAGAUCCGACCUCUGGUAAGAGGUCUGGCUGGAUUUGGUGGGAUCGAUUCUCUUAUCCAAGGCAAGAACCAAGAUCUAAUCAAGGUGCAUCCCAUUGACCCUGCCGGCAUACCCAAUUUUGUUAUCGGUAUGAAGGACCAACUGCCAGACUCCUGCCCAGAGUCGAUCUUCCGCAACGAUCACCUACGUCUGAUGGACGCAGGGAUGAGUAACAACCUCCCAAUUUACCCCCUCAUUCGACCGGGGCGUGACGUCGACGUAAUAGUCGCAUUCGACGCCUCUGCAGACGUCAAACAGGAGAACUGGCUCUCCGUUGUCGACGGAUACGCCCGACAACGCGGUGUCAAGGGCUGGCCAGUCGGCGCCGGAUGGCCCAAAGAGUCAAGCGUCGAGGAUACCGAGACCGCCCUGCGCGAGUCUCAGAACAUCACCAAAAAACAACUGGAUGAGAAAGUCUCCGGUGCCAAAGACGAAGACGGCUCAGACAACCAAACAGCGACUGGCCAAAAGCCAAAAGGCGGCACAGACCUCAGCUACUGCAAUGUCUGGGUCGGUAGCACAGAGGAACGAACCUCAAACGAGGAACCCCCGCCAUCAAAGCGCCUCUUCGACCCCCACAGCGAUGACCACUCCGAAUCAGACUUCCACAUUAUGCGCCCAGACGCCGGCAUUGCCGUCAUCUACUUCCCUCUAAUCCCCAACCCAUCCGCACCAGACGUGCCCCCAAAACCGCAAAUCCGUCCUCGUGCAGCUGUCCAGUCUUUGAGACAGGACGCCUCUCAAACGAAGGACCCCGAACAGCCUCUUGCUCCCCAUCCUAACUCCAUUGACCCUGCCGUCGAUGACUUCCUCUCGACUUGGAACUUCAUCUACACGCCCGAGCAGAUUGACUCGGUCGUCGGUCUUGCAAAGGCUAAUUUCUCGCAGGGCGAGGAACAGACCCGUCGGGUUGUUCGCGCUGUUUAUGAGCGCAAGAAAUCGGACCGAUUGCAGAAGGAGGCGGAACAGCAUCGGAAGAAGAUGGAGGGCUUUAUCCCAUUGUGA